ACUGGUUUUCAGAGACGAUGCCCUCUGGGAAGACUCUGAAGUUCGUCCUGUACGAGGUGCUGCAGUUCGCGGCCCUCGUCAUACCGGUCUUUGUGAUGAUGGAGAGGUUUGCCAGCCUCAUACGGGACGUGAGAGGGGGGGAUCUGACGGCCUACUGGCUGGUGGUGGCCGCCUCGGUCGCCUACGUAACCUCCGUGACCCUGCUGGUGUGGGUGCCUCUGAAGUAUCUGAUCCUGAAGAAGAGGAGGUUUAUCACGGAGAUCACACAGUGGAGGCCGACAGCGCUGGCGUAUCUCAUGCUGUGCACAUUCCCGUGCUUUGCCAUAUUAAUAGCCAGCUCCAAGGUGCAGGUGGACAGAGGACUCACGCUCGACCAUUUUACUGAGUUGCCUGUUUCCUUGGUGCUUUUCUCCCUCAUCUGUGUGGACAUCAUCGAGAGGAUCCGCCCCUGCAAGCUCAUGGGACCAUCAGACAGCCUGGAGUCUGACCUCGAGAUGCCCGGCCCGGUCCUCACCCACCUGGGGUCGGUGAGCACCGUCACAGCCCAGCUGCCCGCUGACGAUGAUGAAGGUCAGAGCGCUGUGACCCCAGAGGUCAGGAACGGCGGACCCUCGGGCAGAUGGUCCGACCCCCCUGGCUCCCCCAGCCGUCCCACACACACCGCCGCCUACCUCUACUCCUCUUCCUCACGUCGGAUGUCCUACUCCGGUCCUCUGGGCUUCCUGUGGCGCAGGGACAUGAGGUCAGAGGUGCUGGUGGAUUGUUUCCUGUUCUGGUUUGACACGGUGGAGAUGGUGAGAGCGGCAGGAGAGCCGCUGAUCUUCUACUCGGUCUGGGUGUUCCCCGUCUACAUCCUGGCCUUCAUGUCCACUCUCCGUAUGAUCAUCACUCCUCAGAACCCUCUGUUGUGUUCUGCCGGAGUCGCUCUGCAGGACCUUCCUUUCUUCGUCUUUAGAGUCGCUCUCAUUCUCGUGUUUGGUUAUGUCACACCCGUGUUGUACACGUUGAAAAAUGUGCUGGUGAGCCUGACUUUUAUCUACUUUACAUUUCUGACUAAGCUGAGGAUUUUCAAAAGGCAGAGCAUGUUUUGAGGAGGAGAGGCAGAGCCUGUUGUUAAUGAGAGGGCCGCUCUGAUUGUGGAUGGAGGAACAGUUGGUGUGUUUAUGUGGAGGGAGCAGCACCAGAGAAACAUGCAGCUGGUGCUGAUGAUCAAGACAAACAUGCUUUGAAUUGUAAUGGCUGCAAAUCUCAGGCCGUUCAUCCAAAUCAGAGUGUAAACAAGAUCCUGUAUUUAAAACAAGAGAGGUGUGUAGGCUUGAGUGUACAGUGAGACAUUUGUAUUUGUCAUUUUUCUGUGACUAAUUGAAUCCUAAUGUAUUUAUUGUUUUUAAUUUUAAGUUUACCUGCUAUUUUUUAUCUAUUUGGUAACACACUACAAAAGUGAUGAAAAAAAAAUAAUGAUUU